GCUCCCUCCCCGUCCCCGCCUCGGCCCCGGGCUCCGUUGCGGCUCGGGGACGCUCUUUCCGCUAAGACCGUCAUCGGACCCCCCCUCCCUCCUCCGCCCCUCCUCCCUGCCUCGGGGGACCCAGGCUCGCCAGCGCCCAGCCAGGGAGCCGGCCGGGAAGCGCGAUGGGGGCACCCACCGCCCUGCCCCUGCUACUGCUGCUCGCCUGCUGCUGUGCGCCCGGCGGGGCCAACCUCUCCCAGGACGAAAGUCAGCCCUGGACACAUGAUAUGACAGUAGUGGCUGGUGAUACAGUACAACUCAAAUGCCAAGUGAAAGACCCUGAUUCCUCAUCCCUACAGUGGUCGAACCCUGCUCAGCAAACUCUCUACUUUGGGGAAAAGAGAGCACUUCGAGACAAUAGGAUCCAACUGGUGCGCUCCACUCCCAACGAACUGACCAUCAGUAUCAGCAAGGUGGCCCUGGCAGAUGAGGGCGAGUAUACCUGCUCCAUCUUCACCAUGCCUGUGCGCACUGCCAAGUCUCUCGUCACUGUGCUUGGAAUCCCACAGAAGCCCCAAAUCACUGGCUAUGUGUCUGCAAUCCCGGAGAAGGGGAAAGCCCACCUUACCUGUCUGUCGAAAGGGAGCAAGCCUGCUGCAGAGAUCAGCUGGAGAAAGGGUGAUCAGGAGCUGAAAGGGAAACCAAACAUGGUUCAGGAGGAUGACAAUAAAACAUUCACAGUGAGCAGUUCAGUAGAAUUCCAGGUUUUCCGGGAAGAUGAUGGAGUUGAUGUCACAUGUUCUGUAAAGCAUAAAUCUCUGCAAGACAUGGACAGGUCUACCUCUCAGCGGAUCGAGGUCCUCUACACACCAACAGCAAUGAUUAAGCCAUAUCCCCAACAUCCCCGGGAAGGCGAGAAGUUGAUGCUACAGUGUGAAGGUCACGGCAAUCCCAUCCCCCAGCAGUACGAGUGGGUGAAGACAGGCAUCGAACCACCACUGCUGAUGACCCAUGACAGUGCCCUCAUCUUUCCAUUUCUCAACAAGAGUGACAGCGGCAUCUACCAAUGUACAGCCUCAAACAACAUGGGCAGCCACAUAGCCUACUACACCCUUGAUGUCAGCGACCACAGCCCAGUGAUCUCAACUUCCAGCACCUACCAUGCUGUCAUUGGGGGGAUUGUGGCCUUCAUCGUCUUCCUGCUGCUCAUCCUGCUCAUCAUCCUGGGCCACUACCUGAUCCGGCACAAAGGGACGUACCUGACACAUGAGGCCAAAGGCUCAGAUGACGCACCAGACGCGGACACGGCCAUCAUCAAUGCAGAGGGCGGGCAGUCAGGCGGGGAUGACAAGAAGGAGUACUUCAUCUAGGGGUGUCUGCCCAUCCGUCACGGCCCCCCCGGGGGGGGCCCACCCCAGGGCCUGCCGGGGCCGAGGCACCAACCCGGACUUGUACAGAGCGACCCCAGGGCCGCCCCCUCCCGCUUGCUCCCCAGCCCAGCCCGCCCCCCUGUACAGAAUGUCUGCUUUGGGCCAGGUUUUGUACUCGGUUUGGAAUGGGGAGGGGUGGGGCGGGAGGGGAAGAGAGGGUUGCCCUCGGCCCUUUCUGUGGCUUCUCUGCGUUUGGGUUUAUUUUUUUAUUUUUAACAAUCCCAGAAUCAAAUUCGUGUCCAGGCUGGAGGGGGAAGGGGCCCUUUGGGUAGGGGAGAGCAGAAACUGAAGGGUUAAGAGAGGAAAAGCAAAGAAGUAAAGAAUAGAGAGGUAAGAAGAAAGGAGAGAUUAGGGUUGGUCCAUUCUGGAGAACUGUCCAUCCCUAGAGCAGAGAAGUUUUCUUAGUCUAAUGUGGCAGGAGCCACAUCUCCAGAAAUGGGGUGCGUCAAGCUGUCUUGAGCUCCAGGUAAGGGUGUUGUUUUUUGUUUUUUGUUUUUCCUCAGAUAGCUAGGAACCAGCUGGGCAGGAGUGAGAAGCAGAGGGCUCUGGGAACUUUGAGUUCUCAAGAGCAUUGCCAUCAUGGUACUGGAGAGGCCAGCCUUUCUACUUAAUCUUGGACCAAUUCCCCCACCCCCAUUCCCUUACAGGGAAGGAAAGGGGCUGGGAAUUAGGAACAGAUACUAGAGAAGGGGAACAGUCAGUGAGGCAGGGGUACAGUGCUUCAGACUGAGGUGCAAGCCAAGACUUGCAGAAAGGAAGAAGUCUACAGUGUAAGAGCAACUGAGGCUGACUUGCCACUCCCUUCCCCCUACCCUUAACUCCUAAGAGUUAUAUAAUACCACAUCACCUCCUCGGGUCCCCUUCCCCCUUCUUCAGAAGCAGCACAGCCAGGGGAUUGGGGCAUGACGGAAAAAGGAACAGGGAGGGCCAGGAAAGGACAGCAGGGCCUUCCUUUUAUGUCAGCAGUGGGAGAAGAAAUGCCCUGGGACCCAAACUUAGCCUACUUUCCCCUACAAAGGGGCCCCAACUCCUCUCCAAGGCACCAGACUGUUGCAUGGCAACCCCCUCCUAGGCAUUACAAAACAACAAGCCCUCCACUCCUGUGCCAUCCCAUGCCAAAGCCCCUUACCCCCAGCAGACCGAUAGAACAACAGCAUUUGCAAACAAAAAAACCUAGAAAGAUCUUAA